AUGCGUCUAAGGAUCGCUUUCUCAUCUAUAAUGUUUACGGGUUUGUAUGACGAAGAGAGCAAACCUCCUCUUUACCGUCAGGAUAUCAGUUGGUCAAAUAUUAUUCGACUAAGUACUCCACCUGAGGAACAUGCUCCAGAAGUAUUUCAGCAAAAUCAUCGUGAAGUUGAUAUCUGGAGUGUAGGGAAGUUGAUUGUAGAUGCAAUCCUCAGCUUUUCACAAAGAAUCUCUGAAUUUGGAAGGGUUAUGCAAGCAAUGAAAGGCCAAGGAAGUUCAUAA